AUGUUGUUCUCUGUGAGGACAGGCGCCUCGAUGGCUCUCAGAGCCCGGCCGACUGUCGCUGCCGCCCAGAUCGUCCCCUUCCGCAUCGUUUCGGCCGCUUCUAUCUCCUCGUCCUCCCGCAAGGAUGCCACGGGCGCCGUCGCCCCAGCUGGCGCACAGCACGGCGGCAUCGUCAGGCGCGAGCGCAGAGAGGUUCCUCUUGCCAGCCAGGAGGGCACCAAGGGCGCUGUUCAAUAUGCUCUCACAACCCUCGACAGCAUCGUGAACUGGGCCCGCCAAUCGUCUCUCUGGCCCAUGACCUUCGGCCUCGCCUGCUGCGCCGUCGAAAUGAUGCACCUCUCCACCCCGCGGUACGAUCAAGAUCGCUUGGGAAUCAUUUUCCGUGCUUCGCCCCGCCAGUCGGACGUGAUGAUCGUUGCCGGUACUCUGACCAACAAGAUGGCGCCCGCCCUGCGCCAGGUGUACGACCAGAUGCCCGACCCGCGCUGGGUCAUCAGUAUGGGCUCGUGCGCCAACGGCGGCGGCUACUACCACUACUCGUACAGCGUCGUGCGCGGGUGUGAUCGCAUCGUCCCCGUUGAUGUCUACGUUCCCGGUUGCCCGCCUACGUCUGAGGCGCUCAUGUAUGGCAUUUUCCAGCUGCAGAGGAAGAUGCGGAAUACCAAGAUUACUCGGAUGUGGUAUCGCAAGUAG